CCCACACAGCAAUCCCACCGCGCCAUUCUCGAACCUUCCAAGCUCCUCCCGGCCUCCCCUCGCUUCCACCGAGUCCCUCCGAUGGCCCGCACCAAGCAGACGGCGCGCAAGUCCACCGGCGGGAAGGCGCCGCGGAAGCAGCUGGCGACGAAGGCAGCGCGCAAGUCGGCGCCGGCCACCGGCGGCGUGAAGAAGCCGCACAGGUUCCGCCCGGGAACCGUCGCCCUGCGCGAGAUCCGCAAGUACCAGAAGAGCACGGAGCUGCUGAUCAGGAAGCUGCCGUUCCAGCGGCUGGUGCGGGAGAUCGCGCAGGACUUCAAGACGGACCUCCGGUUCCAGUCGUCUGCUGUGUCCGCGCUGCAGGAGGCCGCGGAGGCGUACCUGGUGGGGCUCUUCGAGGACACCAACCUCUGCGCCAUCCACGCCAAGAGGGUCACCAUCAUGCCCAAGGACAUCCAGCUCGCGCGCCGCAUCAGGGGCGAGAGGGCCUGAUGAACGAGCUCUCUGUCUCUGUUCUCGGCCGGCUUUGAUGUUCUCGGUGUUGUCGUGUGUUAGGAUUUAGAAAAUGUUGGGCUGUCGCCUGUUGCUUGCUAUCUUGUAGGGAUGGUUCGCCUCUGGAUUGUUCAAUGGAAUGAUACUACUGCUUCA